GACAAAAACCAUUGUGGAAUUCGGAUUCAGAGAAGUUAAGGAACAAGAAAAAGAGGAGGAGAAAUGGUUUUUGUUUCAGCUUCUAAAAGUUUCUUCUUCUUCUUAAUAUCCACAUUGUUUUGCCUAAAUCAAGUUCAAGCAAGAACCUAUCUCAAUGUGCUGAAAUUUGGUGCUUCUACAGAUGAAAAAACAAACAAUAGUAAGGCAUUUUUGGCAGCAUGGAAUCGGGCUUGCAAUUCUACUGGACAACAUGGGGUUUUGAUCCCAGCAGGGGUAUUUCUUUUGCAUCCAGUGGUGUUCAUGGGGCCCUGUAAAGGUUCUAUAGUGUUUAAGAUUAGAGGAAUCCUCAAGGCUCCUACUGAUAAUUCUUCACUUCUGGACCAUUGGAUUUCAUUCCAAUACGUUGAUCAAUUGAUUAUCAACGGUGGUGGAUCACUCAAUGGUGAAGGGGCCUCAGCUUGGCCUCAAAACAAUUGCUCAGAGGACCCAAAUUGCUCCUCUCUCCCUGUUUCAAUGAGACUUGAUUUUGUCACGAAUUCAAUAAUCAAUUACAUAACAUCCAUAAACAGCAAGAACUUCCACUUCAACAUUUUUGCAUGCGAGAAUAUCACAAUUGCAAACGUUAGGAUUUCAGCUCCGGAGUACAGCCCCAACACUGAUGGAAUCCACCUUGGUUCCUCUACUAACAUCCGUAUCUUGAAUUCCGUGAUUGGCACCGGGGAUGACUGCAUUUCUAUUGGACCGGAAUCCAAGAACAUCAACAUUAGCAACAUUUAUUGUGGCCCUGGCCAUGGCAUUAGCAUCGGUAGCUUGGGUGGGUCCAAGAACGAGGGAGACGUUACAGGAAUUAUUGUGAGAAACUGUAACUUAAAGGGGACGUCCAAUGGCCUAAGGAUCAAAACAUGGGCUCCUUCUUAUCCCCUUCUUGUUUCCAAUAUUACCUUUGAGAAAAUUAAGCUCAGGAAUGUUUCCAAUCCCAUUUUCAUUGAUCAGCAAUAUUGCCCAUCUGGGAAUUGUGAUCAAAAGAGUUCCUCGAGUGUGAAGAUUCAGGACGUAAAAUUCAAGCAAAUAUUGGGCACCACAAACUCACAAGUUGCAGUCAAUCUCCAAUGCAGCAAAAGCACUCCAUGUCAGAGGAUUGAACUCAUUGACAUUAACAUGGGUUACAUUGGAGGAGAUAAAGUUCCUAUAACCUCUCAAUGUGCCAAUGCCCAUGGUGUUGCUUCUGGCAAACAACGUCCUCGUUCCUGUUUAUAGAAUUUGGCUGAGAAUGGAUUGAGAGUCACAGAUUUUAAAAAAUCUCAAUCCAGAUCACUUUUAAGGGGUUUUGACCCUGUCAGCCCCACUUAGUUUCGCUCCCAAAUUCUCUAUCUCCCUCAUUCUUCCUAGCAAAGACAAGCUGCUAUAUUUACGUAUUACUAGACGUAAUCUUUCAGAAGAUUGAAUUUAAAUUAAAUGCAACUCAUCAUGUGUAAGUAUGUAAUUAUUAUGUAAAUUAUUGUAUUUCUGUACUAUAAACUGUUAUUUAUAAA